AAAUUUCGUAUUUUCUUAUGCGAAAUGAAAUUAAAGUUCAUUUUUGCGUUUCAUUUAAUUAUAUAAUUGUUAUAUUACAAUAUUUAGAUAUGAAUUUAAAUCUAUAAAAGUUGUAGGCCAGUUAUAUAUCCCUUAGGCAUACAUAGGCAGCUGGACUGUUAAUAUUGCCUGAGUGUGUUCGUCCUGUGCCCUUGUGUUUAAUUUUUUGUUAAUUUUUGCAAUUCAUUAUUUAUCUAGUUGAAAAUAAAAUUUAUUCGAAAAUGUUCGCUAUAUUAUUGCCUGUCCUCGUAACGGUUGGCCUAUCAACUGGCGCCAAUUUAAGAUACGAAAAUAAUAAGCCUAAAGCUGGCGUGGACCCAAAUAGCGUGCAGUGUGAUCCCGAAGGGCAGAUAUUUUUGCUCCUCCCCGAUACAAAGGAUUGCUCAAUAUUCUACAUGUGUACACAUGGUAAAGAAGUUCAAUUCGAUUGUCCUGCCAACACUAUCUUCGACUUUGAACUGCAGGGCUGUGAUUGGCCUUCAUCUGCUAAUUGCAUCCUCCGAAAAUCUGAAGAUGAUGAUAUUGAGGGUUCUGGAGAUGAUGAGGAAGCCAGCGGAUUCUGGCAACCUGAGGAAUCAGAAAGCUAUGCAGCAGUAUCCGAUCUAGAAGAAACAGAGAGAAGAUCGAAAUUCUCACCAGUGUUGGACUGCAAAAAUCCCGCGAGCGCCGCAAGACAUGCGCCUUACAAGGGUGACUGCCAGCGUUAUUGGAGAUGCGAAGGCGGUGCCAUCCAAGCCGUCUACUGUACAGACGGGUUGUUCUUCAACGCCCAGACACAACAGUGUGACUUCGAAGCAAAUGCAAAAUGCGAGACAGAGAUAGAGAAUGAGCUCGAGGGAGAAUACAUCGUCUAUAAAUAGAUUAAAGUUGAAAAACUGAGAUAGAGUUAAUUGUAACUUAGCCACAUACUUAGAAAAAUGGUUAUUUUUAAUUUAGUGAGUAUUUUUAAAUUAUAAUAGAUUUAUAAACAUUUUAAAUAAAUAUACACAUUUGAUUUCUUUAAUAUCAAGGAUAAUAAAGCGCCGUCUAUCUCAGUUCGAAUACUUUAGUUUAUUUACAAUAUUUAAUAAGCAAUCUCUAUCAAACCGGUGACUUUGGUAUUUGUAUGAAUUAUUUAUCUAAAGGUAAAUUUUAUCACAAACGUCAUAACUGGGUGAUCUAUUAGGGGGGAGACCUAUGUGAUUAAUUUUCUAAGGAGUAUAUCUUUGAGGCUUUACUAGGACUAGGUAAUUCAUACAAAUGCCGAAUUAGGAGUCGUAAAUUAUAAUAAGCAUAUCGUUAUAUAUUGAUGGGAUUAUUACAUAAAAUACAUAGCAAAUAUCACUUAAAAAUUAUUCUUAAAUUUUGUAUUAAUUUAUAUUCAGUGUUAUACUGAUCAAAUUUGUACAUUUUUCAGAAUAUUAAAAUGUUGAUUUUUGCAAAAAAAAAUUAUGGAUGUCUGUUUUUUACAAAUAUUUUACAUUUAUCAAUGUUAUGCUUUGCAAUAUUAAUUAAUAGGUAAUUAAAGCGGUAACAAAACAUCAGUUUUUUUUUUAUAAAAAUAAUUAU